GUCUCAUGUGUUCAAUCAAAUCAAUGCAUUGACUAUUGAUAUCAUAUAUUAAUAAUACAUAUUAUGUGACCAAUAGUUUUGGUUAUGUUUUUUGUAAGUGUUAUGUCUUGAAGAGGUUUGUCACCAAAAAAACAGAUGAAAUAGUGUUUUUUGUGUCGAAGAAGAAGAAUAGAAUUCUUAAGAAACAAAUGUCUGUACAAUUGAGACACUAUUUUCGGUUGUUGUCGUCGACAACAAUGAAGAGCUGCCGCAGCAAUAAGUUAUUGGCCAACAAUUUUAUCAUCGAUUUCAAUGGUUUUUACAGAAACAUGUCGACAGUUGCCGAAGUUGUCCGACCAACUGAUCCCAAUUUACCGGUAGAGAUAAUGGAUGUUGAAGAAUACCGAAGAAUGAAUGGCAUCGAGUGUUUCGGUAAUUCAGUGGCCGAUCCGAUCAAGACGUUUGAUACCUAUCGAUGGCAUCCGAAUUUGUAUCGCCGUAUCAAAGAAAUUGGUUAUCAAACAACGACACCCAUUCAGGCCCAGUCACUGCCCAUUGUGUUUGAUAAGAGAGAUAUAGUCGGUAUCGCCAGUUCGGGCUCCGGGAAGACACUGAGCUUUGUAUUGCCAGCUCUCAUGCGAUGUAUGACAUCGAAACAGGAUCUAUGGCCGCGUUGUCUAAUACUGACGCCGUCGCGAGAGUUGACCCAUCAGAUCGAAAAAGUGAUAAAAAGUUUCCGAUUUGUACGAUCUAUUUGUCUGUACGGUGGCGUCUCAUAUGAAGUACAGGAGAUGCUCUUAAACAAAGCUAAUCCUCAUAUAGUGAUCUCUACUCCAUCUCGACUCGAAACCAUCUUCCAGAAAGGUAUUACAAAACUGGAUAACGUAGACUACGUUGUGGUCGAUGAGGCCGACCUUAUGUUGAAGUCAGGCCAACAGUCAUCGUUUGCCCACAUAAUGAAUAAUUUGCCCAAAAAACGUCAAACGCUAAUGUUUUCGGCCACUUGGCCGCCAUCAGUCCAAAAGUUAGCCGAACAAUAUCUGGACAAUUAUAUUCGGGUUAAUGUUUCACAAACACAAUCACUGUCUUCGUUAACUGUUAACAAAAAUAUUGAACAAAUUGUUAAAGUUGUCAAAGAGAGUGAAAAAGAAGAUAAAUUGCUAGAAGUGAUGAACGAAUUGGUGCCAUCGGUAACUGGUUUUAUAAAGACUAUUAUAUUUGUCAGAUCUAAGAGAACAGCCAAUCGAUUGGUGAAAUUUCUAAAGAAAGAGUCAUUUCCGGCCCGUGCUUUCCAUUCAAGUAAACAUCAAGAAGAAAGAGAUUAUAUAAUCAGAGAGUUUAGAAAGGGAGUCAUUCCUAUACUAGUAGCCACUGAUGUUGCCUCAAGAGGAUUGGAUUUUAUAAAUGUAAAAUUUGUUAUCAAUUAUGACUUUCCAUCACAAAUGGAAGAUUAUAUACAUAGAAUAGGUAGAACUGGUAGGUAUAAAGAAACGGGAAAAGCGCUCACAUUUUUUACGGCUAAAAAUAUUUAUCAUAAAUCAAAUCUAAUUGAACUCUUAAAAGAGACUAAACAAACAAUCGAUAAAAAUUUAAUUGAUUUAACUGAAGAAUCUGAAGAUAAUAUCAUCAAAGAUGAUAAUAAUAAUAAUAAUGACAAAGAUUCGGGAUAUGAGAGCUCUGGAGAGGGAAACGAUUUAGACAACGAUGAAGACGAGUCAUCCUCUAGUGAGUGGACAUCUGAUGAUGAAUCAACUAAUAAAACUAAAAAGUUAUAA